GAGCACCGAAAAGAGUGUGAAAUACGUGUUUAGAACCUCGUCAGAUUAAUUAAAUGGUUUAGUAUGUUUCUGGUAGUAGAAAUAGUCAAUGAUAAGGGCGAAAAGGAGUGGAAGGUAGCACCCAAACGAUGGGUGUGCACAACGAAGAACUCCCGGCGAACGGUUCUGUUGUGGCCACGUGAAAUGUUAGCUGAACGGCAAAUGCACCUGGCCAAAGAGGGAGUAUGCAAACCGAUGAAAAGUUGGAGCCGGCAGGAAUGUAUCGUGAGGCAAGAGUGUUCGACCUACGAUGGGGCAAAUGCUGCAUUGCAAAUACAGCAACAGUCUGAAGUACACCUUAAAUCCAUGGGCGCAUCCGGCGUAGUAGCACCGGAGCCAUCAGCAAAACAAGACCUUCCGGAGACUAAAACAUCAAUGCUGGCCUCUAUUAAGACGAUGGUGGAAUCUCUAACGAAAAGACAUGCGUGCAUCGAACAGCUAAAUGCUCGAAUCGUUAAGCAAAAUGCUAAAAUUGAAGCGCAAAAUAUUCGUAUAGAAAAUGAGAGCGUUGAUUUAAAGAAAACCCUACAAGUAAUGCAGAAAAAGCUUGCCACACUUGGUUCGCAUCAGACCCAUACUGAAGAUUAUUCAACGCAAAGUUCAUCAUUUUACAUUGAGCCGUCGAGAACCUUUGUGGAGCUAAAUGACUUAGAAAACAUGUUGAAUGAUGAGGCGUUUCGAUCGAAAAUGGUUGCAUGGUUAACUUUCAAUAUUGUAGAGAAGAAUCCGCGGAGAAGGAUGUCGAGCUGCCUCGAUUUGCUAAUUUCGCCAGAACUACUCACUAAAUGUUCUUGGAUUGGCAUUCAUCGGAAUGGAAUAGAAAAGCCAGCUUUAAAGGACAUUCAGAAUGUGUUGAAGUUGUUCAAAUUAAUGGGCUCAACGCCAAACAAAAAGGUUAAUGAUAAGGAAAUCGCUAUGUUUUUUAAACAAAAAUUAAAGUGUGCUAAAUCGCGAUUUUUGCGUUAUAAGGAACGUGAGCAACGGAUCCAAGUAGAGGAUAAUGUAGUCAAUCUUAACGAGCCGGUGUACAAUAUAGCGAUAAAUCAUGUCGAUUCAUCUAAUACCUUAGAUCACACCUAUGCAGAGUUGAUGGAAGAUGCAUCAGAAACAGCUUUUGAAGUUGAAAUUUUACAAUGAUACAAUAAUGAUAACUGUAUUAAUAA